AAAGACCAAAUGACCACUAGGAGAAACAACAUUUGAUAUUAUGGAAUUUGUCAAACACGGAGAAGGCUUUAAAAACUAAAAAUAAGACUUUUAACUCAUUUAGCUUAUUUUUGAAGGCAGAUAGGUUUUAAGGACAACAGCCACAUUUUUCAUUUGUUCUCUCUCGCUGCUCAAGGUUGCUGCUUAUACCAACCAGCUCUUUGUGGCGACAUGGUUUGUUUUUGUUGAAGAGAGAGAGAGAGAGAGAGAGAGAGAGGUUGGUUGGUUGGUCGGUCGGUCGGUCUCCUGGUUUUGACUAGGAGGCUUUCAACCUGCGUUAAAGUGUCAGAAAGCGACAUUUAAGUGAGAAAUCGUGUCAGGAGGAUAGAAAGGAGUGUCAGUUAGGAUAUUAUAUCUGAACAGUGAGGUGUUGGAGAGGAAGGAGAUGGGCAAUUGUCUAAAAUCUCCUACUUCGGAUGACAUCUCUUUGCUUCAUGAGUCGCAGUCAGACAGAGCCAGUUUCGGCGACGGUACUUUUCCGGACCAGGAACCGCCACCGCCUUACCAGGAGCAGAUCCAUGUACCCGUUUACCACCCCACUCCGAGUCAGACCCGGUUGGCAACGCAGCUGACCGAGGAAGAGCAAGUGCGCAUCGCACAGAGGAUUGGCCUCAUUCAGCACCUGCCCAAGGGGGUGUUUGAUCCCGGCAGUGACGGCACUGAGAAGAAGAUACGAGAGUGUGUGAUCUGCAUGCUGGAUUUUGUGUAUGGGGAUCCUAUCCGGUUCCUGCCUUGCAUGCACAUCUACCACAUGGAUUGCAUCGAUGACUGGCUGAUGCGCUCCUUUACCUGCCCCUCCUGUAUGGAGCCUGUGGAUGCUGCACUUCUAUCCUCCUAUGAAACCAACUGAACUUAAUCUUGUACACACACACUCUCUCGCACACUCUGCCCUUACGUUUUUGGAAUUAUCCCAUCUAUAGGCAGGGGACAGGUCAGAGCUUUUUCUCAUAGUACUAUGAGAUCGUAUAGGACUGCUCUCCUGGGUUGUCCUGCUGGACAGGGAAACCUGCAGGAGCUGGACAAGCGAGACUUUUUACAACAUCUUGACAACCUGGACCAUUCUGCUGUGCCACCCCUUACACUGGAAAGCAGAAUUUUUUUUUUUUUAAUUUUUUUUUUUUAAAUUUUAUUAUUAUUUUUUUUUUAAAGUAUAGAAAGCGAUAGAAGGGGGAAAUGCUAUUUUUGUUUUCACCCCCUUUCUCUGUGUGUAAUGCAUCGGGAUGUGACUUUUUUUUUUUUUUUUUUUUUUCUCCUCUCUCUCUAUUGUUUCUUUCUUUCUCUUUUUUUUCCAGUAAGGGUUUGUCAGAAUCAAAAAGAUGAAACGUGCUUGCACCUAAAUUACAAAUACUGAAAUUUGCACUUCUUGGAGACAUCUAUCCCCACAGCGCACCUUGUUCUGCAUGUAGGGGCGCGUACAACUCCUCGAACUCAUUCCAUUCAGCUCCCAGCCAUUAGGUUUCCUAUUAAGCGUACUAACCGUAUCCAGUUGCUGUGGGCCAUGCUUUGGUGGAGGCUGAGAAGUAGAACCCUUUUAGGCUGGAAAAUGUGUCCUUUUUUUUUGUUUUAGUGGAUAACAUAACAGUGCCGUCCAACUAACAUGACUAUGACUCUUAUUGUAUUUUGGCACAUGGAUUUGGAGUGAAAUAAGUUUGAGCUUACUAUGAAUUAAAUGUUCAGACUGCCAGUUAUAAUUUGA